GAUUUGCAUCAAGAGUCAUGCAGCACUAGUCGGGCCACGGACGCUCGCGGGAGUGGACGGACCCCACAGACAACGAGAACGUGUGUCAGUCAUCUAGCGUGUCGUUGUGCUUAAAUUUUCUCUUAUCAGUCUCCGUCUCGCUUUUCUCCGCACAUUCCACACGCUUUGAUUUGACUUCAACCACAUAACUCUUUUGUUUCUUUAGACCUCGCUUGGGGCCUUUGACAGACCCCUUCAUGAUCAGGUUCGCUUCAUGAUUCUUUUUCCUCCAUUCCUUGAUCUUCCCUUCGCCUUGUUCAAAUAUGCAUCUACCCGAGCAAGGGGUUCUCAUCUUUAUGUAGCCUCUUCCUUGGCCCCCAAACGGUAUGGUUCUCCUCUUCCUCCCUUCUUAUCCCUGGGUUGAAACGCGUCCUCCAUUCUUCUGUGUUUAGUUCCUUGCUCUCACCAUUCUCAAGACCAUUGUUGUGAGUUACAGGUUCCUCUUCUCGUUCCCAUUCCUUCUUCCCAAAUCUUCUAUGGUCUAGCGCUACCGUGUUCCUUGCAGUCAUACUUCCACCUAUUUAUCGAAUCAAUCUCUUGGUUGACAUCAUCUGUAAAGAAGACCUUUGAGUCAACCUGCUCUUCUUCAUGGCACCCUCUUAUACGAUCCAUCAUAUUCAGGUAAGGGAACCUACUCCACCUGUGACAAUGCAGGAAAGGGUGUAUGCGCCCUACCCACCAGCUCCCUCUUCCACAAACUUCUCCAUCCUAGCAAUUGCAAUCAUAGGCAUAGUGGCGACGGCUUUCUUGCUGGUGAGCUAUUACGUCUUCGUCAUCAAAUGCUGCUUGAAUUGGCACCAUUUUGGUCACAGACUCCGUGCCUUUAGAAACUUGAGAGAUUUCCGGUCUGACCCACAGAACCACCACCGGCCUAUGGUCUACGCGCCAGAGAACCAGGGAUUAGAGGAGCAUGUCAUCCAGUCCAUCCCUAUAUUCCGUUUCAAGAGAAAGGACUGCUUCCUUUGUGAGGAUGCAUAUGAAUGUUCGGUCUGUCUGAACGAGUUCGAGGAAGGGCAGAAACUGAGGAUUCUGCCUAAGUGCGGCCACGCGUUCCAUAUAGAUUGCAUUGACACAUGGCUGCAGGCUCACUCGAACUGCCCGUUGUGCAGGGCAUGCAUCUCAAGCCAGGUUCUCGCCCAUCAAUACAUGAUAGAUCUGGAAGACCCGCAUCGCGAAACCUGUCAAAGUUUUCAUUCAGGUGCUGAAAAUGACCAUUCAAGGGAGAAUGUUCAUUCAUCUCAUCGUUUGGAAGAAAGCCUUGGAUUGACAGAUAAUGGAGGAGAAUCCGCUAUGGUUGAAGGAGGCAGCCGCGCCAUUCCUAAGAAGGCGGUGGAGUCGGGCUUCCUUGAAGUGAAGUUCAUGGGCAGCAACAGCAAGUCCGCCGCACAGGGUAAGAAGCUGGGUCAACACCAGCAUCAUCUGUCAAGCGCUGGGGAUGAGUGCAUACAUGUAAGGGAGAGAGAUCACCAGUUCUGUGUGGAGCCGAUCAGAAGAUCUUUUUCUAUGGACUUUGAUGCUGACAGGCACCUUUACAUAAGUCUCACAGAUAUUUUGGCUCAGAAUCCUCAUCUUCGUGAGGUUAGCAACAGCACAGGUGAAGGAUGCAGUAGUAGCAGCAGCAGCAGAGGAAGGAGAACCUUCUUCCCAUUCGGCCAUGGAAGAGGAAUACCCAGAAACGCCAUUCUGCCAAUCAAGGUGGAAGCUGGAAUUUCUUAAAAACUUUCAAUUUUUAUAUUUUUCUUCAUGUUCUAAUUUUGUCUACCCUUUUCCUCCCUCCCUUUCUCUCUCUGUCUCUCUCUCUCUCAUUUCCGUUUGCCUUGCUUCUUGUGUUGUUCAUAGGAGAAAAUUAGAUUGUGAAUUAGGUAGGUCUCACUUGUACGAGUGUAAAGUAAAAUAUAUAUGUUUAUUGACACAACCAAGUAUUUCUUUGUUUUUUC